UGAGAGCAGAGAAGAAGUCAUCACGUGACUGUAGUUGACAGUUUGUUUUCACUCGAUUUGUUUACGUUUAUAUUUUGCAUAAGUCUAAAUUAUUAUAAAAUAAUUAAAAUGUCAAGCAAAAAGUUAACUCAACAAGAUCUGCGAAAGGCUAUGUAUGAUCACAAGAAGAAAGCAGGAUUAGUCAAACGAAUUGAAUCGCCGUUAGCCAAGUAUACUGAAGCAGGUCAGUUAAUGUGCAUUAUUUGCAAGACAAUUAUUCGCAGCGAAGCAAUAUGGGUGGUACACUUGAAUUCUAAAACACACAAAGAAAAUAUAGAAAUUACUAAGAAAAAGUUGGAUGAUAAAGUAAACAACAAACUUAAUAGUAGUUCAAAUAAACGGUCUCCUUCACCUACUAAAGAAAACGUACCAAAUAAAAAAAUAAAAGGAAUAUUGAAAAAUCCUGGCCACAUAAAAACAUCUACCUCAUCAGCAUUACCUUCUGAUUUUUUCGAUCAAGCUUCUUUAAAUGGAAAACCUGCAAUCGCUUCAGUACCUAAAACGACAGAAAAAAGUUCAGCUGAUAAAAACAAUGAACUAUCAAAUGAAUCAACUGUUAUGGAAAUAGAACAGGUUCAAGAAGCUGAAGCUAAUAGUUCUGCAGCUCUUCCAGAAGGAUUUUUUGAUGACCCUGUGCUAGAUGCACGAGUCCGAAAUGUAGAAUAUAAGGAUCCUAUUGAAGAAGAAUGGGAUAGAUAUUUGAAAGAAAUAAAAGAUGAAACAGAUCAUUCAGCUCAACUCAUUGCUGAAGAUCAUGAAGAAGCUACUAAUGAGCGACAGCUUAAUGAAAUUGAUGAACAACUUAGUAAUUGGUCAAGAGUAAUAAAUCUGCUAAAGAAAAAAGAACAAUUUCGGAUAAAACCAAAACAAGUGGCUACGCGAAAAGAUGAUUCAACUGAUGAUGAAAGUGAAUAUGAUGAGUUUUUAGAUUGGAGAGUAAAGAACUCUUAUAAAUGAAGUACUCUUCAGUAUUUUUUGCUUAUUAAUUGAUAAUUAUGUGGAAUUUUAAAUGAUAAGGAUCAUGAAGAAAAAAAAUGUAAAUAUCAGUGUGAUAUAUAAUAUUUUAUUAAAACAAAUCGAUAGAUUAGCAAGGUAUUAAGACUUCAAUACAACAAUAUUCAAAUACAUCUGCUAUUAAGUUUAAGCUAAAUAUUUUAGAAAUUUUUCUUGUAAUAUAUAAAGGCUACAAUUUUCUAAGCCGUUAUAAGUAUGCAAUAAAUAUA